AUGGAGAAGGCUGCAACUCUACUGCUGCUGUUGCUGCUUUGCAGUCUCUGCUACAGCGCGGAGGAGAAGUGCCCGCAGCCAUGUGACUGUCAGCAUCUCCAGCAUGUCCUUUGCUCCAACAGAGGGCUCGUCUCCGUCCCCAAAUCCAGCCACAUUCUGAAUCCUUUUGGGACCAAAACCUACAGCCUUGGGGGAAACUUCAUCUCCAAUAUCAGCGCCGCGGACUUUUCCAACUACUACAAUUUGCAACGGCUCGAUCUGCAGUACAAUCGCAUCCACUUCAUUCACCCCAAGGCGUUCGACAAGCUCGCCCACCUGGAGGAGCUCUACCUGGGCAACAAUCAGCUUCAGACGCUUACCUCUGGUGCGCUGUCCGCUCUUAAGAAGCUGAAAGUGCUGAAUGUGAACAGCAACCGGCUACAAAAUGUCAGUCGCGCCAGUUUCUCCAGCCUGGGGUCACUGAUCAAACUAAGACUGGACGGCAAUCAUAUCCAGGUACUGCAUGGCUCCCCCUUUCAGGGUCUCUCUAAUCUGCUUUAUCUGCAUCUGGAAAACAACAGAAUUGCAAAUAUCAGUAAAAACGCCUUUGCGGGGCUUGUAAAAUUGCGUUUACUGAGCUUGUCGGGGAACCCCUUAAACUCCUUACGCCAUCCGACGUUUUUACCGCUGCGUUCCCUUAGCACGCUCAGCAUGGCUGGGAAUGAUCUGCAGCAACUGGGACCAGGUGUUUUUAACGGGCUGCAGAGGCUUUCCAAGCUGGUUCUUAGCUCAAGCAGGAUUUCUCUUCUACACAGCAAGACUUUUCAGGGAUUGGGGUCUUUGCAAGAGCUGCACCUUGAUGGAAACGUAGUGAGCCAUCUGCCGGAAAGCCUCCUAGCGUCACUGCAUAGCUUGGAGGUAUUAAAUAUGAGCCAUAAUUCUCUCUCCAGUUUGCAGCCCGGAACGUUCAAUGGGUUAAGUCGGCUGAGGGUUCUGGACCUGCAGUAUAAUAUGCUCAGUUUCCUACCUGGGGACAUCCUUGCUGAAAAUCCGGCUCUUUACAAGCUGCAACUAGACGGCAAUGGAUGGAACUGCAACUGUCAUCUCUUGGGGCUUAAACACUGGAUUUUGGGAACCCUGCACACACGGAUACGGAUGCUGACGGUGUUUGUAAAGUGCAGAGAGCCCCAGGAAGUCGCAGGAAAGUAUUUGGACUAUCUUGAAGAUGCUUAUUUACAGGCAACUGGAGACUGUGUUUAUACCACAACCCCUAAAGGCAUGUCCAGCACGUUACCAGAUGAACAUCUGCUUUUGGAUCAUACACCCGAAGGACAGAAAAGUGAAGGAAAUUCUGAUCAUCUGGAUUCAAAAGCAAGUUCAGUACUGCCUGUCUCUACACAGUCACCAAAAGCACUCACUUUGCCUCAAACAUUGGCAACUGUAGAACCAGUUCCAACGACAAAAGUGCCAGCAGGCACCAAAAGGGGCAACGCAGAUAAGCGUAAAAAAAUAGCACAAAAAGGCAAAAGCAGAGACACGAAGACUUCUGGAGGAACUCGAAAACCACCAGAAUCGAAGUUUAAGUUGCUGAACCCUAGCCAGCAUGAGACAUUUAAACAGCUGCCUUUCAAGCAAUCUGAGGCUCCAAUCUCAGCAUCCAACAAUUUACAUCAUAGUCUCCCAGAUGUUGAAUUGUUACAUCAGCAGCCCCCUGACUCUCUAAAUCAUCCUUCGAGUUCUGAGCGCUCUGAUGUAACUGGCACGUUGCGGACAACAUCUGAGAUGCCAAAUACCGGCGAUUCACACCUGAAAUCAAAAAAAUUGCCGAAGGAUAUCCCAGAUGUAGAAACCUUCCACCAGAGUCAUCCUGACACAUUGCAGCCAUCUUUCCACUCCACCCACCCUGGGCAAAGUGAAACCUUGCAUCAAGUUGCACCUUUUCCCUCCAUCCUGUCUGAUCCAUGUGAAUUUAACAAGUUGUAUUUACUUAACUUAUCUGUGGAGUACGUAGGAAGCACUACAGCCCGGGUGCGAUGGCAGACGGUACCACAUACCCAUGGGCCUGUAUUGUUCAGGCUCCUCUAUGAGCGAUUUGGCCAAGGUGGACGUUUCCAACGCUUUGUCUACCCAAGAGGUCACGCAGAAUCUUUAUCAUUACAGGAGCUGACGGGAGAUACUCCGUAUUUAGUGUGUGUGGAGAGCCUUAUUGGUGGCAGAGCUUGUCCUGUGGCUCCUAGGGAGCAUUGUGCGGGGCUUGUGACGUUACCUGCAGAAGAGGAGCAUCCUUUGCUAAACUACCAGUUGCUAGCCUUAGUACUGCUUGGCCUCAACGCAUUGCUGCUACUGCUGGGGUUGGUUGCUUGGGGUUCUAGAGUGGCACGCAAGAAAUGGUGCCGGAAGAGGGCGCCAGUUCAUGUCCGCCAGAUGUAUUCCACACGCCGCCCCUACCGGUCUGUGGGAACUGGCGUGUCCACUGAUUUUUCCGGUUUCCAGUCACACCGGCCCCGGACUGCAGUGUGUGCUCUGGGAGAAACCGACCUCAUAGAGUUCCCUGGCUGUGAGCGCUUCAGAGAGGGAACAAAUUUACACAGAGAUAACCUACUCCAGAGGUUCACAGACUAA